CCAGUGCCUUCGUCUCUCUCUCGCUCGCUCUCUCCACACUCUCUCUAAUCAAAAGUAUUCUCGCUUUCCGUCUCGUCGUCGUUUCGCUACCGAUCUCUCUCCCAGGGUUUAUCUUUCCGGCGCCGUUCUCCGUAAGCCGUUAUCGUCUUCGUUGAAAGGUGAGGAAGUAUGGUUAAGAAGCAAGAAGAAAUGAAUGUUUGUGGUCUCAGUGGUGACAAAGUAGGAGACUUUACAGUCUCACCACUCCAGGACAAAGGAAGGAACAACAAGAGAAAGCUAGCUGAUUCUUCUCAACCCAAGGAGGCUACUCUCACUGAGUUCCCUCGUUACGAGUCGACCGAGGAUCAGCUCAAAGUUGUUGAAGACUCUGAUACCGUGGAAUGGGACGACCCGUUCGCGUGUCGUCUCGAGGAGCUCCUGUCGUCGAAUCUGCUCGCGCUUUUCCUCAAUGCGAUGAAGCAGGUUAUCGACUGCGGCUACACCGAUGAUGAUGUUCUGAAAGCUAUCUCGGGGAGUAGGCUCUACUGUGGAGGGAGUGAUCUUGUGUCGAACAUUGUUAGUAACGCCUUGAAUGUUCUCAAGAACGGAAGCGAAGGUGGUGGUGAUGGUUCGAGAGACUAUGUUUUUGAGGAUUUGCAGCAGCUUGUUGGGUAUACGUUGGUGGAAAUGAUAAGUCUUGUUAAGGAAGUUAGGCCGACGCUCUCGACGGUUGAAGCCAUGUGGCGGCUUUUGAUGUGCGACUUGAAUGUCUUGCAAGCGUUUGAAGUUGAAUCGUCUGACUCUCCGGGUUUUAGUUUGAGUGAAUCAUCUGAAUCUCUUGCUGCUGAGUCUAAUCCUGCAAACUCUGGUGAUCCUGAUAAUAACCAGAAGCCUCAACAAACCAGUGCGCAUAGCGAUCAUCAGAGUGAGCCACUCAAGUUCGGAAACUUCCCUAACUACAAAAACGCUAAUUCUAGUGGAACAGCAUCAGGAAAAGGAGUGGCUUCUGGUAGCACUGUUUCUGGUGGAGGCGUUAAAAGUACAUCUUUUACUCUAGUCUCUGAUGAAAAAGUAGUGUCUUCUCGAAAAGGCCGCACUAAGAAAGAAAUACCCAUGCUUCGUCAGAAAUCAUGUGUGGAGAAGAUUAGGACUUACGGCAAAGGCAGUGGCAGCUAUAAGGCGGCAAAGUUUGCAUCAGUCGGCAGUUUCCUUCUAGAGAAAAGAGCCAAAUCAUCUUCUGAAAUGAUGGCUAAACAUUACUCAGCAAAGAUGACAACAGAGAUUGGGGUGAAAGUUUCGUUAGAGGAAACUACCUGUUACGUACAUAAGAAGAGCAGUAAGUCAGAUUCACCUGUGGUACUGGUUGACGGAAAGGGAUAUAUAACUGCCUUACCUGCAAUUGCUGCAACUAAAGCAUCCAAAAAGAAGUCUGGUUCUGAGCCUAUAAAGCUGGUACCUGCAGCUUCAGAAAAGAAGUCUGGUUCUGAGCCUGUGAAGCUGGUACCUUCAUCUUCAGAAAAGAAGACUGUCUCUUCUGUACCUUCAGCUUCAGGAAAGAAGUCUGUUUCUUCUGUGCCUAUAGCUUCAGAAAAGAAGUCUGGUUCUGAGAGUGAAGAGAAGGCUUCUGUGUCUGAAAAGCUAGCACCAGAUUACUACGCUGGUAUCCCGUAUGAUGCAUCUCUGGGUAUAUAUGUUCCCCGGGAUAAAAAGGAUGAACUGAUUGUAAAGCUCGUUCCUCGAGUGAAUGACCUGCAGAAUGAACUGCAAGUGUGGACGGACUGGGCUAAUCAGAAAGUAAAAGAAGCAACUGGUAGACUUCUCAAGGAUCAGCCAGAGCUUAAGGCACUAAGGAAAGAGCGAGAUAUGGCAAAACAGCAUAAGAAAGAGACGAAGUUAAUGGAAGAAAACACUAUGAAGAGGCUGACUGAGAUGGAGCUUGCGGUGAAAAAUGCGACUAGCCAGUUUGAAAAAGCUAACAAUGCAGCUCGCAGGCUCGAGGCAGAACAAUCUUUGCUGAAGAAAGAGAUGGAAGCUGCUAAGAUAAGAGCUGCUGAGUCUGCUGAGAGUUAUAGAGAAGCAAAAGAGAGAGGGCAAAGAUCAUUGAAGGAUACUCAGUCGUGGGAAGGGCAAAAGACUCUGUUGCAGGAAGAGCUAAAGGUUCAAAGAGACAAGGUGACAGUGAUGCAAAAAGAAGUCAACAAAGCAAAAAAUCGCCAGAAUCAAAUUGAGGCUGCUUUGAAACAAGAAAAGACAGCCAAAGGGAACCUCAUCGCCCAGGCUUCUUCAAUAAAGAAAGAAAGAAAGAAACUGGAAGCACUGGGAAAAGCAGAAGAAGAGAGGAUCAAAGCGAAAGCAGAAGCAGACGCGAGAUACUACAUAGAAAACAUCAAAAGACUCGAGAGAGAUAUCACAGAGCUGAAGCUUAAAUCAGAAUACUCGAGAAUAGUGGCGCUGAAGAAGGGAGGAAGCGGCGGGGGAAAAGAGUCAAAGCCAAGAAAAAGAGAGAAUCCUGGUGUGACAAAGGUGAAGAGAGAGAGAGAAUGUGUGAUGUGUUUGUCAGAAGAGAUGAGCGUGAUCUUCUUGCCGUGUGCGCACCAAGUUCUUUGCUUCAAAUGCAAUCAGCUUCAUGAGAAAGAAGGAAUGAUGGAUUGUCCGUCUUGUCGUGGGACGAUCCAGAGGAGGAUUCAAGCUCGAUUUGCACGCACAGGUUAAAAAAUCCUUUUUUCUUCUAAUCUCCAACUAAAAAAACUUAGAACAGUGUUGUCUCUUUGAAUAAAACAGGCUUCGGUUAGAAACCAGCAAAGCUUGGUCUUUUGUUUUUUUUUUAAAACUUCGAGUGGUGAAUGUUUUUAUCAACAACUUUGUCUCUUCGUA